AUGUUAGCCUCCGUAUCUUUGGCUGUAGCUGCUUUGGUUGGUGCUUCCCUGGUUUCGGCUAGCCACCAUCAUUCAGUUACAGAACCAAAAGCAACCGUCAAAAAUGGAAGUUAUCAUGGGCUUCACAAUGACUUUUACAACGUCGAUUACUUCCUAGGGAUGCCCUACGCCCAGCCACCAACAGGAGACCUUCGUUUAGCUCUGCCAGUUUCGCUAAAUUCCUCAUUUGACACUCGCAAUGCCACGGAACUUGGGCCAGGGUGUAUUGAGUUUUCGAUCGCAGGCUAUGAUCGGCCCCUUUCGGAGGAUUGCCUCAGCGUCAAUGUGUACCGACCAUCAGGUUACGAGAAUGAGAAACUUCCCGUUUUGGUUUGGAUUUAUGGUGGAGGUUUUGUACAGGGUCUUAAUGCCGAUCCUCGGUAUAACUUGACUUUCCUUGUCAAGAACUCUGUGGACAUGGGAAAGCCUAUCGUUGCUGCAAGCAUUAACUACCGACUAAAUGGCUUUGGGUUUUUGGAUAGCCCCCAGAUCCGCGAAGCAGGGCUUUCUAAUCUUGGCCUUAGAGAUCAACGGCUGGCUCUGCACUGGAUACAAGAAAACAUUGAUGCCUUUGGCGGUGAUCCGUCUAAAGUUACAAUCUGGGGCCAAUCUGCUGGUGCAAUGAGUGUCGGUUCCCAGAUAUUGGCCUUUGGAGGUCGUAAUGAUUCUCUCUUCCGUGCAGCCAUCGCGGACAGUGGUGGACCACUUGGUGCCCAGCCUCCUACUGCAAACGCUUCCUUGGCAACAUGGAAUAGCAUUGUGAAUCUCACAGGCUGCACUUCGGCACAAGAUCGGAUCAGUUGUCUUCGUUCUGUGUCUGUUGCCAACUAUACAAAUGCUGUAAAUAACACGUCAGGCUCCUAUUUUCCCGUUUACGAUGGCGAUUUCCUUCCGACCUAUAACUCAGUACAGAUCAAGUCUGGACAAUUCCUCAAGGUGCCUCUCUUAAUUGGGAGUAAUGCUGACGAAGGAACCGAUUUCGUUGGUGGCGCUCCCUAUAUCGGGGCGCUUCCAUCCAAAUCUUAUCCAGAUAAAACGUCGUUUUUGAAUGUGGCACAGGGAUAUGUCAGGAACUCAUCUCAAUUAGACGCUGCCCUUGCCGCAUUAUCGGUUCUCUACCCGGAUAUACCCUCGAUCGGUACACCUUCUACAUAUCAUGGUCGUUUGAACGCAACUUUUGGCGCUCAAUAUGCUCGGGUUGCUUCUCUUGCAGGAGACCUGAAUAUUCACCGUGGCCGCAGAUUGAGCGCUCAAUCGUGGAUCAAAUACGGCCUUCCUAUAUAUUCAUACCACUUCGCAGCAUGGCCCAUUGGAGGUCUACCCGACUAUACAGGCACAACACAUUUCACUGAAAUCCAACUAGUCUUUGAUAAUGAAUAUGGCAACGGGUAUUUAUAUCCAUGGUAUCCUUCGGGCAGCGAGUUUGCAGGCCAAGGCAAAUCGCUCAUUGCACUAGCUAAACUGAUGAGUCGCAUGUGGAUUUCAUUUGUCAAUGAUCUGACACCGAACAAUCAUGGUUUAAAACAUGAUAGCAAUGGCCAUAGUAUUCCGGAAUGGCCUUUAUACGCAGCAAAUGUCAGCGAUGCCUUAAAUGGUUACGGUGUCAACUAUAGAUUUGAUCAGGCGGAAAAGGGCUUAGCGAUUAUUGAACCAGAUACAUGGCGCGCUGAAGCACUUGCUUACUUGAUUGAUAACAGUGACAAUAUUUUCGGAAGUUAA